CACGGCUCCGGGAGUAGGGGACCUGGGAGCGGCGGACGGGUUGAAGGGAUCUGGAGUUGAUUUAGAAAUGGGAGAACUGAGUGACUGCCUCCUGGAGCCUCGGUUUCCUUAGCUGCGAAAUGAGUUAACCGUGAUGUCCCAGGGCUGUUAAUGAGUUUAAAGGAUGAAGCAGUGUGGAGAGGUGGUUUAUGAAGUACAAAGCGCUGUACUAAUGUGCAGGACUGCGCCAUAAUUGUGGGUAUGCCAUGGAAACAGGUAAAUUUUUCCAUAACCUUAUGGAGAGAAAGGACUUUGAGACAUGGCUUGAUAACAUUUCUGUUACAUUUCUUUCUCUGACGGACUUGCAGAAAAAUGAAACUCUGGAUCACCUGAUUAGUCUGAGUGGGGCAGUCCAGCUCAGACACCUCUCCAAUAACCUGGAGACUCUGCUCAAGCGGGACUUCCUCAAACUCCUUCCCCUGGAGCUCAGUUUUUAUUUGUUAAAAUGGCUCGACCCUCAGACUUUACUCACGUGCUGCCUCGUCUCUAAACAGUGGAAUAAGGUGAUAAGUGCCUGUACAGAGGUGUGGCAGACCGCCUGUAAAAAUUUGGGCUGGCAGAUAGAUGAUUCUGUUCAGGACGCUUUGCACUGGAAGAAGGUUUAUUUGAAGGCUAUUUUGAGAAUGAAGCAACUGGAGGACCAUGAAGCCUUUGAGACCUCAUCUUUAAUUGGACACAGUGCCAGAGUGUAUGCACUUUACUACAAAGAUGGACUUCUGUGUACAGGGUCAGAUGACUUGUCUGCAAAACUGUGGGAUGUGAGCACAGGGCAGUGUGUUUAUGGCAUCCAGACGCACACUUGUGCUGCGGUGAAGUUUGAUGAGCAGAAGCUUGUGACAGGCUCCUUUGACAACACCGUGGCCUGCUGGGAAUGGAGCUCCGGAGCCAGGACCCAGCACUUCCGGGGGCACACGGGGGCGGUGUUUAGUGUUGACUACAACGACGAACUGGACGUCUUGGUGAGUGGCUCUGCAGACUUCACCGUGAAAGUAUGGGCUUUAUCUGCUGGGACAUGCCUGAACACUCUCACCGGGCACACAGAAUGGGUCACCAAGGUGGUCUUGCAGAAGUGCAAAGUCAAGUCUCUCUUGCACAGCCCUGGAGACUACAUCCUCUUAAGUGCAGACAAAUAUGAGAUCAAGAUUUGGCCAAUUGGGAGAGAAAUUAACUGUAAGUGCUUAAAGACGUUGUCUGUCUCUGAGGAUAGAAGUAUCUGCCUGCAGCCAAGACUUCAUUUUGAUGGCAAAUACAUUGUCUGUAGUUCGGCACUGGGCCUCUACCAGUGGGACUUCGCCAGUUAUGAUAUUCUCAGGGUCAUCAAGACUCCGGAGAUAGCAAACCUGGCCUUGCUUGGCUUUGGAGACAUCUUUGCCCUGCUGUUUGACAACCGCUACCUGUAUAUCCUGGACUUGCGGACAGAGAGCCUGAUUAGCCGCUGGCCUCUCCCCGAGUAUAGGAAGUCCAAGAGGGGCUCCAGCUUCCUGGCGGGUGAAGCGUCCUGGCUGAACGGACUGGACGGGCACAACGACACGGGCCUGGUCUUCGCCACCAGCAUGCCCGACCACAGCAUCCACCUGGUGCUGUGGAAGCAGCACGGCUGACGUGGGGCGCCGGGGCUGCGGCCCUGGCGCGCGGCCCCUGGCAGCCACCUGCAUGAACCAAAGUUCUCACCUCACGGCAUCAUCGCGCAGCGCACAAUCACUAUCUGUUUGCCGGGGCCGGGGCUCGGGGCGGGGGGCUCGUCUUGUGGACACACACCGCAGCACGCUGACGGGGCGCACCGUUGGCUUCAUGUGUUCCUAGUUUGUGGUCAGUGUGAGAGGCUUCGUCUGGGGUUCAUCAUCUAUUUGUCCUUAGUUAUGUGGGUCCGUGUGAGAGGCUGCAUCUGGGGUUCAUCUUUCUUGAAUAUUGGUUUUAAGUAAAGAAAUUUAAAUGGCUCAUUAAUCUGCUAAUUGGUUGCCUAUAAAAACACAGUCUAUUAUUAAAGCUUUUUACCAUUGCCUUUUUCUCUUUUGAAAUUGAAGCAAAGGUGCUAUGAUGUUGUUACAGCAACUUUUCUCACAUGGGGCUUAGCUUUUAUAACGACCCGUGUUAUAAAGACCACCAAGUUCUGUGACAUUCAUGCUCUCCACCAAAUACCAGUUCUAAAGAAAAUGUGUCUUCAGUGCAAAUCCAGUUCUAUAGAUUGAUGGUUUGUGACACGUUUUAAGCCCUCAUUCUUGUCAGAGCCAAGGUCGGCCGUGUCUGAGAUGCACGAAGUUCUGUAGUCUUUGUUUCUGUGGAACAAGCUGGCUGGGUCACCUGCCACCUCCAUGACUGCGUAGAGGGGACACGGUUCAGUGGAAGGCGCCAAGCUGGCAGACUGAAGCCUGGCUCUGUUCCCUAGGAGCCCCGCAGCCCAGGAGUGCAGUUCUCUGGCCCCGUUUUCUGUGUCUGUAUAGCUAGUUGUUAGGCUGUCAUUUGAUUUCUGGGAUUCUUUCUGGUCCUGUGUCUGCCGAGCUUUGCAAAAGUUGAUGCUUCAGUUUUGUCCGAUUGCUAAUUCGUUGUUUCUUGGCAUGAUGAUCUUGGAGAUCAUCUAUAAAUGAAACCACUGAUACAAAGUUGUCAUCUAUAAGGAAAUCAAACAUGCAAAAAAAAAGAAUGGAUAAAAGGGAAUGUGGAAAAUGUUAACAUAGUCUGCUUUAAAAACUGUAUGCAGUUGGUGGAAGAAGUGCUGAGAGGAGUUGGGGUUCUCUGGAGAGGCAGGGUGUGCCAGCUCAGAGGGAGAGGUCCCUGACCCUGACGCUCCGUCCUCCGCUGUCUCUCUCUUGAUGGGUUGCCUCAGGCAGGCUAACUUUCUGUUGAAAGUGAAGGACUUGCGCUAGAUUGGGGUUUGCAAACUCACAGGCCCGGGGAGCCAUGCAGAGAGCAUAGGUGAGCGCCGCCCUCCGGGCAGGAUGGAGCUGUACCAGGGGACGCUCCUCUGACGGGCGGUUUCAGAGCCCUGCCUGCCAGGCGGGAGGAAGCCCAGCGUUGCACAGGCCUUCUGAUGUGUCAGGUGGAGCUAGGCCUCCAGAAUUGUGUUUAUAAUUCCCUAAUUUUAAAAAUGUGGACAAUGACUUGGAGAUCAUGUGAAAUGCAGUGGGCUAAUAAACGAAGCGAGUCUGCAGGCUGCCAGUUCACAUUCCCCACCUUCUCAUUCCUGCAGAGUAGGCGAGGCUGUGAUUCGACAGUGGCGGUGUUUUAAUGUAAUUGUCACAAACAUUAGGGAGACAGUCUAGGGAACGAGUGUUGGGAAGAAUUUAAGAGUUCCCAGUUGUGUGACAGAGGAGUGAGGAGGGGGCGUUUCAGUCACGGACCUCCAGGAAAGUAUUAAUAGUUAGAAGAUGAAUUUAAGAGCUGGAGCCUGAGUGGGAGGCCCUGCCUGGGAAUAUGAGGGAUUCUUUCUUCUUGUUAACUUUGAUAUUAACCCAUUUUUCAGGUAGGAAAAGGGUUGCUGGUAGAGCUGAGAAUGAUUCAAAGUACAGGGGGAACACCACACUCCCAAAUCCUAUCACCCUAGAGCCUGACAACAGACCUCCAAAUGCUGCAAAGUCAGGGUUUAUGAGAACUGACGGUUGCUCCCAAGGAUGGAUUUAGGUAAUAUCCAUGCCGAGACUCUGAGGAAAUCAGGUGAAAGAACAAGAUCUUCAUACCCCAAAUCCAUCUCACAUUGAUUUCUGUGGGUGAGUGCUGCUUGGUCCUUUUAAGAAAUGGGACUAGGUUCAAAGCUGGAAUCUACUUCUCAGGAAACCCAGGAGGCUUUGGGCCACGGUGAGGGGAAAUGACUUUUCUCAUUUUCAUCCACCUGGAACAUGAAACUGAGAUCACAGGUCUAAUGAUCAUCCGUAGUCCCACCUCACCUUCCGACAUACAUCCAGUUGCUUUAAAGACCACGCGAUUAUGUAGUCAUCUGUGGGGAAACUUUGAAAUGACAGACCUGAAGCUUGUAUGGCAGCCCCGUCUCCUGUCGGUUUUCAGUGGCGAGCACCAAGGUUACCACCGAGGUGGCGCAGCUGAUUCUGACCUCGGUGCUCAGAGCCCUGCCUUCAUCCCUCUUCGUAUAGUGUUGCGGUCCAUGGAGUCAGAGCCACGGUUUUUCCAGUAGUCAUGUACAGAUGUGAGAGUUGGACCAUAAAUAAGGCUGAGCACCAAAGAACUGAUGCUUUUGAAUUGUGGUGAUGGAGAAGACUCUUGAAGUCCCUUGGACAGCCAGGAGAUCAAUCAAUCCUAAAGGAAAUCAACCCUGAAUAUUCACUGAAAGGACUGAUGCUGAAGCUGAGGCUCCAAUUCUUUGGCCACCUGAUGCAAAGAGGCAACUCAUUAAGAGAAGACCCUGAUGUUGAGAAAGAUUGAAGGCAAAAGGAGAAGGGGGCUGAGGAGAUAGUUUGAUAGCAUCACUGACUCAGUGGACAUGAAUUUGAGCAAACUCUGGGAGAUAGUGGAGGACAGAGGAGGAGCCUGGCGUGCUGCAUGCAGUCCAUGGCGUGGCAAAGAGUUGGACACGACUUAGUGACUAAACAACAACAACUUCUAUAAAAAUGGAAAACCGACCCAUCCUUUGGAAAAGAAGAAAGCGAGGUGGGGAGUUGAGCACAGUGGAUAGGGGUAACUCAGGCUCCUUUCACAGAGUUGGGGGCGCUCUUUCCCGGACACUGACUUCUGCUUCCGUAGCUCAGAGGCUAGGGAUUUGCCUUUGCUGCUUCUUUUGUGAGUAUUCUCAUUUCUGAAAAAUUCUUAGGUCAUGAACAGAUAGACUCCAUCUUUCUUCCCGAGCAUUGGAUUUCUCCAGUAACCCUGGUGUGGUAGAAGGUGGGGUGGCUGUCAGCUCAGGUCUCUGGAGGGACUCAUAAGAACUUGGGGCUCUGGGGAGAGGAUGGGGUCCGAGAGAGCUGAGGGGGUGUGAGGUUUCAGCAGACUUGGUUCCCAUUCCAAAGGAAGCUGGUUCCCCCCCCACAGCAAACCCCAUUAUUUGAAGAAUAUAAUAAGUGAUGUCAACAGCUGGGUUUCACCUGACAUCUUAGACCUAUCAGAGAAGUAGGAAGAAAGACUUCCUCCAGGGGAGGGGCUUGACUUUGAACAAAUCCCACAGGAAGUACACAUGUUUGAAUAGCUUUUAAGUGGAGGAAAGGGAAUGUUGCUAUUCGGUUUUAAGGUGUGCACUUCCUUUUUCCUAGUUCAAAGUUACUCUGUUCUGGCCAUUGGGAGUGCUCAGGAAAACAUGAGUGAGGGUCACGUGAUCAUGCUAGUGUUUGCUCUCGGGAGAAUGUUGAGUGCUCUGCAUUUGUAAAACAUCUUAGGGAGAAAAGAAGUACUUUUGCAAACAGUAUUAUGUUAGUCAUGCAGAAAUCGUUGCUGUCAGGUGAGGCGUUUCAGCUGAACAGAAGCGGCUAAGGAGAGGAGCCCAGCUUGAUGCGUUACUUUGGCCAAACCCAGCCAACCCCUGAAGCCGUGGUGGUUGCCCCGACUUCUGGGGUGCCUAGAGAUGGGUCUCUCCACCGUCUCACAUCUGGCUCUCCAUGCCUCCUCGUCUGGGCCUCUGCCGGGCCCUGGCAUCCGAACCGCUUGCCGUUGCCUGUAGGGAAGCGUGUAGUCAGACUGCUGCCCUGGGAGGCAGCCUGCGCCAGGGCGCACUCUCCGCUUUCCUUCAGCGCCACGGGGUUGUCAGCGUAGGGGAGAGGCCCCAGGUCCGUCCCCGACACAGCCUUCCUACCUGCUUAUGCUGGUGCUUGCCAAGGUUUGAGGGGACCAAGACCCUCUUGAGAAUUCUGCAGUCCCUAGACAGUGUCUGACAGAGGGGCCAGGUUAGCACUCCCGACACAAGUGCCUGCCGGCCACCUCUGUGUCCUGAUCUGCAGCUCCCUGCGCUUGCUCUAGGAAAUGGGAUUUCUUUCAGGAUAAGUCACCAGAUGGAUUACCAGUUACCUUUGUACCACUCCCUUCAGCCUGAUGAGGCUGAGUGACCGUGCUCGGUGCAAAAAGGUGUUUUGCUAUCAAGUCGUUUCCGUGUGUAUCCAGUCUCCCCCAGUUGCUUAAAACUUUUGUUACAGUCUUGACUAGUGUGAACAUACUUAAUGGUUGCAGCUUAAGAGACCCAGCUAACUUCUACUCUUCAUGAAUGUACUCAAAUAAAAAUGUGUUUUUGCAUAUUUAAACCUGGCCAAUUAUUAAUUCAGAUGGUAAAAGCUCACUGCUGUUGGUGUCCAUAUACUGACAUUGUGAACAGACACAUUUCAUUCAUUUAGACUUAGUUCUCUUGAUGAGAAUGCUCAGGUUGAAACAGGCUGUUCUCACCAAUUCAACACCUACGGCAGCGUGGAACUUCUGUUUCACUUAUUUGAUGUGUGUUGUGAUCUCGGGGGAGUGAGGUGAAGUUUAUAUCGGCACUCUCUGGGGUGGGUGGGCAGGGGAGAAGGGAUUGCUUAAGCAAAUAGUGGAGUGACUGUGGAACAAGAUGUCUCUAUAAGAUGAGAAGUUAUUUUCAUGUGUCACAGAAGCGUUCUUCCACCUGUGAGUGAUUGUGCUAACUAGAAAUCAUUUAUCUCCAUACAUGAAAGCAGGUUCCCUUGAUCAGGCAACAUUUGGUUCGGCCAACCCCAAGUUAUUGUUUGUACUUGAAAGAAAUAAAGCUGCAUUUCCUUAAAAAUUA